AUGGAGGGAAAGGUUGUGGCUCUGUUCGUGUCGCCCGAGCGUGGCGUGCGCAAUGCCGUUGACCUCGUGCGCGUGUUCCCCGAGGGACUCGAAGGCGAUCGCUUUCGACGCGAGGUGCUGCUGGUGGACGAGGAGACGUUGCUCGAAGCCGGCAUGCAGGUGGGCGGCAUGAAGGAGAACAUCACCGUGCGUGGCUUGGGCCUGGGGCAAUCUGAGCCUGGCGCCCGAUUCCGGGUGGGCGCCGACCUCGUGUUCGAGGUGGGCCAGAAGCUGGCCUGCGUUGGCGAAGACCCCGCUCUCACCGGCAAGCGAGGAGUGUUUGUGCGCCUGACCGAGGGAGAGGGCGUAAUCCACAAGGGCGACGGUGUGCAGCGACUCUAG